UUAGAAGAAGCUUGCGGGGAAUGCACCACAUUGCCAAAAAAAAAGCAAGAAAAAGAAAACAAUAUUGGCAAGGAUCCAAUAAAUGAAUAUCAAAAUGGCGGAUCCAUCACGAUCUCACUCUCACACACAUUCACGAUCUCGCGUCCUACCCACUGGGUCAGUUGCUGGUGAUGAUGAUUCUUCACACUCAAGCUCUGUCAGUGGACAUCCUCCUGGAGCAUUUGAAAGCUCCAUUAAUGAACCUCCCGAAACACCCUUCCAAUUCGAAUCUGGUUUGAAUACAGCCCCUGACACAGUCAGGCCGGCCCCCCGAUCUACCCGACAGCUUGAUGAAGCUGGCUCUCAUGAUGAGAAUACCGGUCACCCAGGUGUCUACCGUUCGGGCGAGGCCAUAUCAGACCAGCAGAUGCAGCAUCUUAUGAUGACAUUUGAGAUGGAGAAGGAGAGGCGUAGAGCCCUAGAGCUCAAAUUACAACUGGAAAAACUCCGUCAACAGAGAUCCUCUAAGAAUCAAUCUCAGGAUGUCAACAAUCAUCCUCCCACCACUUCUACGGCCCGUACGCCCACAUGGGAUCCCAAUCUCGGUGAAAGGUUGGAAUACAACCUCUAUGAUCCGGAUAGCCGUGUUGGCAAGGCAAUCUCCCAAUUCAAGGAAGAUGUCAAGAAUGCUGUGAGGCCAAACAGUCUAACCGGCACAUCCAACUACACCACCUGGAGCAUCUCCAUGAAAUUGAAACUAGUUGAUGCACAGUGUUGGAAUAUAAUAGAGAAACAGCAGGCCCAGAACCCCCUUCAAGAUGUUGAAUGGGCUCCUUUUUGGGAUGCUAGGAACCGAUGGCUCUACACAUUCAUUUCGAACUCAUUGGGUGCCGGCGUCAGGCCACAUUUUUACAAAUAUGAUGAGGAUCGGAUCGCUUAUACCCUCUGGCAUGCAAUCGAAGAGGAAUACUCCAUCCCAAAGACACAAUUACGCCGUGAGGCAGUCCUGGAAUUCACCUCACUUGGUGGCACGCAGGUCACUAACCUGCACAUGUUCUUUGAUAAGUUCCGGGCCGCUAUCAUGAAAUUGGAGAUGAUGGAUGCUACCCCCCCAGAUGCGUGGGUAUUUGACAUCUUCUACUCUGCCCUCCCCAACAAUUGGAGAGGAUAUGUUCAAAAGAAGAUUGAGGAGAUACAAGAAUCCAAAUCAACAGCUGUGGUGUUGGAUGUUCAUCUUCUCAUGGAGGAGAUCCGCAAGGUUUACACCUUCCACAUUUAGGUUUUGAAAUUUGUUUCCCCUGAAUUUCUUUCUAGUAUGUUUUAACCCUUCCUACCUCCUUUUUUUCAUAUCUUUCAUAUAUAUAUACAUUCCUGUGUUCAUAUUUCAAAAUUUCUCAUAAAUAUAUCAUACGAAAGAUAUAUACACAUAUAUAUAUAUUUUAUAGAGCUCCUCGUACCGUCUAUGUUUGCAAUUUUUUAUUUUACUUUUUAUUUUAUGCCUCUUUGAAAACAUUACCGCUCGUGGAUUUGAUUGGUAUAGUUGGCCGUGUGCGAGCUGUCAGAUAUGUGUCUUAUGAAAGGUUAGCUAUCUACAAAUGUCGCACAGCUAUCCGUAUUCAUUUAUUUAUAUGAUGAUAGCAUGGGUGGAUUUGUACUUUAGCAACCACAGCAUCAACCUCGAAGCUGAACAACGUCCCUCGUUUCUGAAUACGCUUCCGCAUUUCUUCGUUUGAGCGGCCACAUUAUUCGAAGGGGCUGUUAGAAGCUCUUAACUCUUAACUAUAUAUUCUCUGCGGUUUCCUUUGACUGUGAUAUUGCUUGCUUUCCCUCCAAACCAGGCGCCAUGAACACCCAAUGAACUCAAUUGCAGUGCUAUCCCUGGAUAACUCCCUAUUCACAGUAUGACCAUAAUCUGACCACAUCUUUGUUUGCCUCGAGACAAAUUCACAUCCACUGCGGGGAUAGUGGAUUUAACAUCCCCAGCCCUUCAGAAAUCGAGAAUGGGUGAAUGCCAUUGUAUGAAUGGGAGAGAAAAUGUAAUGUGGACUCUGCCUGAACUGCCUAUUAAUUCAUGCUCGCUAUUAUCGACUCUCAGAGGUCUAUGUAAUGAGAGGGCGGGCAUUGAUUAUAUCUCAAUGAGAGUGUUCACCUUUUCCUUCUUUAUUGUAUCACAACCACCUCCCCACAACGUUGGCUUAUCCUUAUAAAACAAUGAGAUCGUAUACACGAUGCACGUAUCACAAUAGUAUAUUGCCCAUAGAUAUAACACCCCAUCCCGCAC